AUGGACAUUGGGUGGGCUUGGUUUGCGGCUGUAGUUGUCUGCGUCUUGAGUGGCGUCGUCUCGUGGCUGAUCAGGUUAUACAUAGGCGAUGCUCCCGUCGUGGUGGUGAAAGACUUGGACAUGAUUGAGAAGAUAUUCGUGAAGAAUUUGAAGAACUUUACUUCCAGAGGACACAUGACGCAUGUCCACGAGCUACAGCCGCUCUUCGUUCGCAACAUCCUCUUCACCAAGGGCAACGUCUGGAAGGACAUGCGACACACCAUGGCACAGUUCUUCACCCCGACAAAGCUCAAAUCGGUGAUGCCCUGUUUGAUGGACGCUCUCAAGCGGUUUAUCGAGAUUCUCGAUGAGUGUGCCGAGCGUGGCGACGAAGUCGACAUCAACACCCUUUGCGAGCGCUUGACCUUCGACGUCAUCUCAAAGGCAGCGUUUGGAAUCGACACAAACGUGCAACGUAACCCGCAGCACCCGCUCUUCCAGAGCUGCCUGGCAACCGUUCCAAAUUACAUGGCGGGAUUCUUCUACAACCUAGCCCAUUCGCUUCCUAUGGAGACGAUGCGAGACAUAGCGACAAACUGCAUGGUAAUCUUUCUCGGAGGGCUUAUUACGCGAGGAUCGGACGAGGACUUCCAGUACGGCAACUAUAUUAUCAAAAAAGGCAUGACCGUUCUCUCGCCGACUUACCACCUGCACCAUGACCCUCUGUACUGGUCCGAUCCCGAAAAGUUUGACCCCGAAAGGACAUAUGUCUCCAAUGUGGAAGGGCAGUAG